AUGUCAACACAAUCCAUGCCCAGCAUCCUCUUUACUCACCAAACCCCGCAACAAGGUUUCCGACUCCUCGAGCUCCCGCCCGAGCUUGCAGAGCUGCUUUCCUCUGACGAUCCGCCGACACUAGAACUUAAAUCUCCAGCUCUUUCAACCACAAACACGUCCAAUGCCACCGCAUCAGAAUAUGUGAACCUAUGCACGGCAACACAAACAUACUCGAUCCGUCAAGUCCAGUCGUCAAACUCACUGCAUAUUCUCCGACCGAGUAAUGGGGUGACUGUGCGGAAGAAUGAUUUGAAGAUUGUUACAGGCAAUGGCAAUGGCGCUGGAGAUGGCAAUGGCGAGAACGUGGAUAUGGAUGCGGAUACUGAUCGGGGAAGCGACAGGGACCGAGAUGUUAAUCUCAAUAUUGAAGGCACAGUAACCUCCAUCGCUAAGUGCGGGUCGACGCUAGAAUUGCAUAAGCCCGCUGAGGGUUUCUCUGCUGUGCCUUUCUUGAAAAAGCGGGUGCGAGUUUUUGAUAGGGGAGAUUGGGAAGAUAUGAACGGGGGAGAAAGUACGGAUGAGAACGUCACGAGCUCAGAAGCUACGAAAGCGAGAAACGAGAUUCUGGAUCGCAUCUUUGCAGAUGUUCCCGUAUCAAGAGCCCAGUGUGAGCGUGACUGGGUGGAGAUGUGCGCGUUUAUUCUCUUGUCGCCUACUGCAACCGAAGAGAAAAUCCCAGCGCACUCGUGUUGGCGACCUUCAGCUGCAAUGAGGCUGGACGUGUGGAAGAGAGUCGUUGAGGGAGCAGUGCUGCAAGGGAUAGAUUUGGAAAAGCAGUUUAUCGUCUCAGAUCUUUGGAAGUCGGUGCUUGACGAUGAUGGAGUUGCGCCGUUUCCACGCCCGCUGUUUGAUGCUGUUGCUCUAAGGAUUUUUAUGACUGGGUGGCUAAGCGACACAGGGAUGAGUAUUAAGAAGGAAGCAUGUGUUCGGUGGGUGGGAGAGACGUAUCUCGAGGCCACAGCAACCAGCAACGCCUUUGCCAUUGCCGAAAGCGAGUUUCUGAAUGCCUGGAAGGACCAACUUCCUGAAUCUUGGAGAGAAAAUGUCUCGAUCGCCGUUCUACCUGAAACAUGUUAUAUGCACCCUGAGCCAAAAACAAUAUGUUUCGCUACUGAAGCUGAUCGACAGAAAGCCAAGAGGAACCUUCCCUCAGAUACUAGUGCAGCAACGGCGGCUAAAAAGACGAGAAACUGGCAUGAAUUAUUCAAGAACCAAAAGAGACAGAAACGAUAGAUCACCAACCGCGUCCAUGCAUACAAGGACGUCUAUGUCUAGGAGAAGUGCUGCGCC